AUGCUUUCUGGAAGGCACCCAUAUGAGCCACCGCGUCGCGUCGUCUCAGUGGUUCGCCUCAGUGGAGAACACCUGGCGUCCGCCUGUGUGGAGGAAACCUUGGAGGCCAUCUUUGAAGAAGUGCGACGCGAGGAAGGCAGCGCUUUCAUGCUGAUCUCUGCUGAUGGCAAGGUGGUGCUACCCUCCACACGAGCCUCCGAGCUUGGAGAGGAGAUCAUCACACUCACAGUGAUUGCUCAUGUUGUUCAGCGAGUGAGCUCCACCCGCACCGCCUUCGCAGUGGUCACCGCUUCUGGCUCGGUGGUCGCUUGGGGAGACAGCGAUAUGGGUGGCGACACUAAGAGUGUGCAGCCAGACUUGAUGUCCAAUGUCUCCCGUGUUUAUUCCAAUGCUUUCGCCUUCUGCGCGCUGAAGAACGACGGUUCGGUGAUCACCUGGGGCUUGCCGACGGGCGGGGGGGAUUCCCGCAGCGUAAGGACCUCCCUCCAAGGUGGGGUCAAAGAGAUCUUCGCCACGCGCUUGGCAUUUACAGCCCUCAAGGAGGACGGUUCCCUGGUCACCUGGGGCGCUAGCACCUAUGGCGGCGACCUCCGCGACGCGGCACGUGGGGUCGUGAGCGUCAUGGCCACGGACAGUGCAUUCGCGGCUUUGAGAGAGGAUGGGUCUGUGAUCGCUUGGGGUGAUGCAACAGCAGGUGGCGAGGUGGGAGGGUUGGAUCUCUCGGAGGGCGUGCUGGAGCUCUUUGCGUGUAAAUACGCCUUCGCGGCCCUCAUCGACCAAGGUUACUCGGUGGUGUGCUGGGGCAGUGCCAUCUCGACCGGUGAUGUGAAGUAUUCCUUCACAGUCCCCCUUCAGCGCCUUUUCUGUACUUCCUCUGCUUGGGCCGCCUUGGACCAGCGCGGUCACGUUUGCUGUUGGGGGGACGCCGCGGCGGGGGGCGACGUGCCGCGCCCGGUGGCGGAGCAGCUCGCGGCGGCACCGGUGGUGGAGAUCUUCGGGAAUGAGGUCGCCUUUGCAGCGUUGAGAGAAGAUGGUGCCUUGAUCACCUGGGGUGGUCACUAUUUGGAUUUGGAUCUAACCUCAGGAUCCGAGAUCGAACAGCUCUGGCGGGGUCCCUUCCAGCAGGUCCAGUCCACCUGUCUCGCCUUCGCGGCCUGCCACACCACCGGGCACGUGAUCACCUGGGGCCAUCGGAACCGCGGGGGCGACAGUAGCGCGGUGCAGCAGCGCCUCGUCCAGGUUCGACAGCUUUGUGCCACGGACAAUGCCUUUGCUGCGGUGGCGGCUGGCGGAGGGGUGGUCACUUGGGGUGUCCAAGAUUCAGGUGGCAACUGCUCGGCGGUUGCAGAAUGCCUUAAAGAAGAUGUCCAUCAAGUUUACUCCACCUGCAACGCGUUCAUGGCCGUGAAGUACGAUGGCUCCAUCGUUACUUGGGGUGGUCGUCGCAGUGGAGGUGAUGCCAGCAAGGCGGCACAAGAACUGCAAGUGGCGCAGCCAUGCGCAGCCUGA